AUGGCAGAAGCAACAAAGAGGUAUGCAGUUGUCACAGGGGCUAAUAAAGGGGUUGGAUUUGGCACAGUUAAGCAGUUGGCUUCAAAUGGGGUCACUGUGGUGUUAGCUGCUAGAGAUGAGAAGAGGGGUAUUGAAGCCGUUGAAAAGUUAAAAGAGUUUGGCCUCUCCGACCUCGUGGUGUUUCAUCAGCUUGAUGUAGCAGACUCCAUUAGCAUUGCUUCCUUUGCAGAUUUUGUCAAAACCCAAUUUGGGAAACUUGAUAUCUUGGUAAACAAUGCAGCAAUUAAUGGAAGCAUAGUAACGCCUGAAGCUUUUAAAUCAGCUGUAAGUGGUAGUAAGAAGGCUGAAGAAAUCGAUUGGAGUGCAAUAUCGACAACAUCAAACUACGAGUUAGCAGAGGAAUGCUUGAAAACAAACUACUAUGGUACAAAAAGUGUGACUGCAGCACUUUUGCCCCUCCUCCAGCUAUCCAAUUCACCAAGAAUCGUUAAUGUUUCUUCAGGAGUUUCUAAGCUAACGAAUUUUCCAAAUGCAUGGGCUAAGGAGGUACUAAGUGAUGCUGAGAGCCUUACAGAAGAGAGAAUAGAUGCUGUGGUUAGUGGGUUUUUGGAAGACUUUAAACAAGGUUCUCUAGACUCCAAAAGCUGGCCUCCUAUCUUUCCACCCUAUUCAGUCUCAAAAGCAGCCGUGAAUGCAUACACUAGGAUUCUGGCCAACAAGUAUCCAAGUUUCUGCAUCAAUGCUGUCAGCCCUGGAUUUGUCAAAACAGAUUUGAGCCUCAAUACCGGCAUCUUAACCAUCGACGAAGGUGCUGAAAGCCUCGUCAGGUUGGCGCUGCUUCCCAAUGGUGGUCCUACUGGCCAUUACUUUAGCCGAAAUGAAGUGACACCUUUUUGA